AUGCAGACUCAUAAAAAAGUGACAUCUAUAUAGGCUGCUUUAUCUAUAGCUUCACCUCAUUCCCUAAUAUUACCAAUCCCUUAUAUAUAUUCUCUACCUGACAGCCAACAAAUCCAAGAUUUUAUAAGCAGCGAUUUCUUUUCAUUAAUCCUUACUCAUCAAGGAAAGGUAUGAAUCCUUGGAAAUCCUACCGAUAGCAAUGAUAAUCCAGAUAUUGAUGAUAUUUAUAAAGAAAUAACUAUCCCUCGGCAAAUAACCUCCAUUUCGUGCAACUCUGAAGCGUCUCUUUUGCUAUCUAUAUAUCAUGAAGUUUAUGGAUUAGGGAAUGACUCUUUACGCUCUGGGAUUUUUAUUAAUUUUGAUAGAGCGUCAAUGCCUCGACUAAUUGAAGGACUUACUGCAAAUGGAUUGAAUCAGAUAAGUCUGGGAUCUGGCCAUGCAGCUGGAAUAGAUGAACAAGGAUUAGUCUAUACAUGAGGCAGCGGGAAAUUCGGAGAACUUGGUGGGAUAAACUUAAUAGAAGAAAGAGCACUUCCAUUGGUAAUUGACAAAGCCAGAAAUUUCUCUGUAAUAAAAAUCAUUUGUGGAGACAGUUUUAUUCUACAAAAAAUAAAUUUAAAUUUUUCAAUUUUAUUUGAAAUCUUUAAAUAAAUAGUCUAUAGCUGAAAACUGGCUUAAAAUUUUAUAGCAUACAUGUAUGUGCACAAGUGGAGGCUACGUUUAUAUAUUAGGUGUUAUAGGGAGCCAUCAUCAAUCAAGCAAAAAAUCAGAAGCAUUUUUAAGAAGUUCGCAAAAAAGUAUGCAGUCCCCAAGAGGAGUGCUUUCACCGAACCGAGAAAUAAAAAAUGCUCCAUAUACACUUCCUGAGCUGGAGCAGCAUUUUGUUGUUGAUAUAUCUGCAGGAAAUGAGUUUAUAGCUGUUUUAUCAGAAGAAGGAGCUGUUUAUGCUUUUGAUGAUUGCAUGGAACUGUAUCGGCUGCCAAGUGAAGAAAAUUCUAACUCCCCCUCCGUGAGUGAACAAAAAUUUUUUAAUAGAGAAAAAUUUUUACGAAAAAAAUUUUGAUAUAUAAAUGAUAAUUAGUAUAAUGAAAUCUAGAGCUAAUUCUGUUUGAUUUUAAACAAAUUGCUUUUUAAAACAUAAAUUUUGCAAAUUGAAUUAAUAUUUGCUUUCCAAUUUUUGCGAAUUAGGAUUUUUUUAAAAUUAUAUAUAAAAUGUUUUUAAAAAAAAAAAAAUUAACCCCCCUCCGUGAGUGAACAAAAUUUUUUUUGUUCACUCACGGAAGGGGGGGAGUAAAGUAAAAACAAUUGCAGCAUGCCACAGAUCUAUUUUUGGACUGACUUCAGAGCAAUGCUUAUAUGAGUGGACUGAGCCAGUCAUGGAAUAUUCAGCAAAUAACAUGCUUAACACUCUAAUUAUCGCUGGAAAAAGCAUUUGCUCAAUAUCAGCUUGGCCAGGAUCACAAUACAAAUUGGAUCCUGCCUACAUCAAGCCAAAUUUUGCAAGUAACCAAAAAAGAGGAAUUGCAUUUAUUUUUGAGUCAAAAAUCAAUUUUAAGCCAGUAGGGCUAGGAGAGUUAAUAGGCACUUAUGAUCCUUAUAAAAGAGAUUUAUUCACUCAUCAGCUCGUUCAUUCCGUUUUUGAAUCUUUAGAUGCCCCUCUGCUUUCUACUCCUCCUUAUAUCGGAUCUCCUAAACGAUUUGUUACAGCUUCUCAAGAAUCUCUUUAUCCAGCUGAUUUUGAGAUGGAUAAAGUUAUCAGAUACAGAUUAGAACACGAAAGAGGAGAACAAAUCAAUAAGUCUUUAGCCCCUUUAAUUUCACCUUUAUUCAAAGAGAUUUUUGGAAGAAUUAAAAUAUAUUCUGAAAAAAACCAAGCAUUAAAUAAAGCUAUAAAAUAUGCAAGCUUACCUAAUAUUUUGCUAACUCCCCCCCCUUUAAAUUGGAACUAAAAAUUUUGUUCCAAUUUAAAGGGGGGUUAAGAAAAUUUUAAAAAAAAAAAAUCAUUAUAAAAUUUUUAUAAAAAAAAAAAAUUUCAAAAAUUUAUCGAAUUAGAUAAUAAAUUUGUUUAAUAAAAUACUAUUUACUCUUUAUCCUUUACAAAAAAGCAAGAUAUAACUAAAAUUUUAUUAUUAAUUAAUACGCGCCGCUAUUAAUUGGUUUCAAAACUAUUUACACAAAAAUUAUUAUUUUUAUUGAUAAAAAAAAAUAAAAAAAAAAAUUUUAGAAAUUUAUUAAUCAAAGUGCUAAUUUUGUUUAAAUAAGAUAUUAUUUAUACUCUAUUCCUUAAAAUAAAGCAAGAGAUAAGUAAAUUUUCAAUUUUUGUAAAGAAUUCGUAUUGAAUUUAUAUCAAAGCUAUUUAAAUAAAAAAUAUCAAUUUUAUUAAAAAAAAUAAAAUUUUUUUUGAAAAUUUUUUUAAAAACAGAAAAAAUUAACUUUUUUUAAAAAAUUUACAAUUAAGGAUAAUAAAUUUAUUUAAAUAAGAUGCUCUUUAUACUCUAUUCUUUAAAACAAGAGCAGGAUACAACUAAAUUUUUAAUUUUAGUUAAGAAGAAACAUUUAAAUUAUAUCAAAACUUUUUACAUAAAAAUUAUGAUUUAUAUAUAUAAAAUUUUUUUAUAAAAUUAUUAAUUUUAUUCCAAUUUAAAGGGGUUUAUUUUACCAAAAAAGUGGAAAUUUUACCUAUGUUUUGUUCCAAUUUAAAGGGGGGAGAGUGAGGGUAUUUACAAAAGAGAGAAACAGAAAACUUAUUCUUGGAUUUACUUCAGUAAGAAAUUUUUGGUAUACAAAAAUUAUUGCUGAUAAAAAAAGAAGGGAAAAUAAGCAGCAGGAAUUUAUGGAUAAUGGAGUAAAAUUGGUAGCGAAAAUCAUUAAGAAAAUAUUAAAAAAGAGACUGUAUAAAGCAGAAACUGAUUUUAUAGAAACACUUAAGACUUGUGCUGUUAAAGAGAAAUAUAAAGAGAAUUUGUUGGAAACUAUUUUUAAAAACUCAGAAAAAUGACAUUAUUGGAUUUUAAAAGAAAAAUGAUCAAAGUGAAUAAGAAAAACUUCUUCAAAUAAGGUUUUUCAAUCUGCAGAAUAUGAUAUUGCAAAAUAUUUAAAAACAAUAAUUCUUAAAAGAUAUUUUAGAAAUUUGAAAGGAGAAAUUGAUAAAUACAAAUUGAAAGGAAAUGCGAAUAAGAAGCUUGAAAUUAUUUUGAAGAAAAAAUACAGCAAAUUGAUUAGGAUAGCAAUAUCAAAAUGAAAGGAAAAUCGCUUAAAAUAUAUUAAACCAAAAUUAAAAAAUCAAAAUAUUCUAAUCAAAAACACUGGAAAUGCAAGCAUUAGUAGGCAAUCCUUACUUUGCUUUACAGCAAUAGUGCAAAAAAUAAUUUCAAAAAGAAAAUAUCAAGCAUUUAAUUGUGUUUCUAGAUAUAGUUGUGAUUACAAAGAUAAAUACUCAAAGCUUCAAAUAGCAGAUCCAGAUUUAACUGAAAACACAACCUUUUCUUCAAAAUUUGCGUUUGGAAGCCCGAAAAUGGUUCUAAGUCCUCCAAGUUUCUCUAAGGACGAAUCUUAUGAAUUCCUUAGAAUGGAAGAUUUCUCUAAGUUUUCAUCUUCUAAGUACAAAGAAACAGACAAUGAUUUCAGCAUUUUUUCGAUAAAUUCUGAUGAAAAAGGACAAAAUAACAUGACUUUAAAGUCAUCAUCAUUUUCUGCUAUCGAUAAAGAAAUAUAUAAAGAAAAAGGAGAAAACAGUGAUCAAUCCAAUGAAAAUAUUAUAGUCAUCAACCAGCCUUACCAAAGAGAAAUUAUUCCAAAGCUUCCGCUCAGAAUCAUUACUAGUCCUCAUGCAAAAAGAAACAGUGAAAAUUUAUCAUCACCAAAGCCUAAGGCUCAAACAACAAGAAGCAGCUCAAAUAUUCCAAGCAGAGAGCCAAGGUCCAUAGUAAAGUUAACCCCAAAAAGUAGUUCGAGGUCUGGAUCAUCAAGCUCUAUGAAAUCUGAGCAAGCAAGUUCAGCAGCUUUAAGGCAGCAGUAUGAUUUUAAUUUGAAGGAAAGAUUAAAAAGAAUUAGACAGACUUCAAAUUCUAAGCCAAUAAGAUCCAACACAUAUGAUGAAGAACAAUUAUCCUAUUUAUUAUUAAUAGUUCAUAAAAUAGGAGGUAUUAUCCUAUUAUUAAUAAUAUGUCUCUGGCUUAGGUUAUAUAUUCAUAAGCCAUUCACUAAUACAAGAAUAGUAAAUAAAUGCACAAAAGUACUUGGAAACCUCAAAACAGAGACACAUGCGAAACCUCCUAGACCAAAAAAACUUGAAAUUAAGCUUAAAUCUAACGACACUACAAAGCCAGUUUCCAAGCACAAUACAAGUUUUGAAGACAUCUCAAUGAGAUUUUCUCUGGGACUAUCUGCUCUUCAAAGAGUUACAGAAAAGACUUCAUUUAUUCUAAAAUAUUUUAGCUUUAUAACAAUGAAAGACUACAAGCCUUCAAAAGCAAUUAAAAUACCAAUCAAUUUACAGACUCAAAAAGGCUAUAUUGAAAGUAUUAGUUCUGAUGAUAAGAAGCUUGAAAACAUAUGACAUCUAAAACUGUAUUCAAUAGGAUUUCAGCGUUCUGUGAAAUUUUAUAACAGGUAUUUGUUGAAAAGAUACUGGGAGAUUUUUAAAAAAACCUAA